GUGGUUGUUUAUGGACUUCUUUUGUAUUCGUUCGUUUUUGGUCGAUCGUUCCAAUCGCAUUGCAGUCAUUGCACUCUGCAGGAAAUUUAAGAAACUAAAGGGUCUUGUCUAUGGUCAACCCUGGUUGACAUUUUAUAAUUUUCGCGAGAUUUUUCCAAUUCUACAAAUUUUCAGCCAUCUGUGAUCUAUUUUAAGACUAAUGACUGAUAAGAGUUUCAUGAAUUCCUGUGUUAUUUUCUGGUGUGUCAUGUGUGUAGUCAGCGUGUGUAAGGCGUCGGUAUGAGAGUUCUAUAAAUAGUGCGGAGGUAGCUUCCUGAGGGUUGUAGUUGGGACAGUUUGGUAAUAUGCAAUGGAUAUACAAGGGCUGGAAGAGGCGAUGGCUGUGGGUGCUGUUAGUGGCAGCGUUGUGCCCGCUGGUCUUAGCCCAGAAGAUCGGUGACCCGUACGAGAUCCUUGGGAUCUCCCGCCGAGCAACACUCGUGGAAAUUCGCAAGGCGUACAGGCAAAAAGCUAAGGAAUGGCAUCCUGACAAAAACCUUCACCCAAAUGCGGAGUCUCGCUUUGUGGAAAUCAAGCAGGCGUAUGAGCUGCUUUCAGACACGGAGCGCAGGCAAGCCUAUGACCAGUAUGGCAUCACAAAUGAAGAUGAACACCUAUACAAACAGAGACAUGACUACAGCACUUAUGCUCGGUUCAGCACUGAUCCAUUUGAAGAGUUCUUCGGAAACCACUUCAGAACUCAGGACCAAGACAUCACAUUAUUUCAUAAGCUUUCAGUCACUGCUAAGCAUUUCGAGAACAACAUAAUGGAGAAAUCAGUCCACACUCCUGCUCUAGUCCUCUUUUACACCGACUGGUGUUUCGACUGCGUGCGAGCUGCCGCCUUCUGGCGGCGGCUAGUCGAAGCCUUGCAGCCUCUCGGUGUGACCGCGGCCACGGUGCACGCCGGGCACGAAGCGAGCUUGGUCAGGAGGAUAGGCGUGCACGGGGUGCCGUGCCUUACGCUGGUUCUCCAACAGCAUGUCUACAUCUAUAAGGAGAGUCUCAGCUCUAUGCCUAAAAUAUUAGAAUGGAUACGCUGGAAAUUCCCCUACAAGCUCGUUCCCCGAGUGACCGACUCCUCUUUGACCAGCUGGCUUGGGGACUUUGAAGAUAACAAAGUCAAGGCCCUCAUCUUUGAGGAGCAGCCUACCAUGCGCCUGCGAUAUCUGCUCACUGCGUUCCAUUAUAGAGACCGGGUUUCUUUCGGUUUCGUCGCAAUGACAGCACGCGACUCGACCAACGUGACCGCCCGCUACAAAGUCCAGCGGCACAUCGACACCAUGGUGCUUUUAAAAGAGGACAGUCCAGAACCGGCGGCCACAGUCAGCACGACUGAAAUACCGACGAAGACGCUGCGAGAACUGAUAGAAGCCAAUCAGUUGCUGACGCUACCGAGACUAUCCUCGCAGGCGGUCCUGGAGCACGUGUGCCCCGUGGAGUGGCGGCCGAGCCGGCGCCGCCUGUGCUGCGUGCUGCUGUGCCCGCGCGGCGCGGCGGCCGGCGCGGCGCGCCACGAGCUGCGGCGGCUGGCGAGGACGGCGCCCGAGAGACUUCACUACGCAUACGUUUAUAUGCACAAGCAGCCUAACUUCGUGCAGGCGCUGGCUAAUGGUUCAGGCAGCGACACGUCCCAAAUGGAACAUCGAGUAGUCAUCCUAUGGCGACGCGAAGCGACUCGCAUACAAUACGAAUGGCUCAACGAGACCUGGCCCGUGUGCUCCAACGGGCAUUGUGACGACUUCAGCGAACCGACCAAUGUGGUGUAUCAGGCGAGACUGAAUGAUACGAAACGAGCAUUGGAACAGUUGGUGAAGAGACUGUUGAAGCCUACGGAAGUGAUGGCUUAUGAGGCUCAUGUCCAGGAGCUGCUCGACGAAGCGGCCCGCGGUCCACUAUGGCGAGCCAUGCUGCUCAUAUGCGAGUGGGCGGAGCGCUUGGCGCUGGCGCUGCGCACGCAGAAGGCCGUGUCCCUGGCCUCCGUGCUCGGCACCGUGGCCGUGGUGCUGGCGGCCGGCUACCUGAUGGCGUACCUCAUCCGCGUUGAAGAAGAAUCAGUCCAACGCCAGCGAAGCGAGCGGCGGCGGCAAAACGGAACAGUCAAGAAAAACAACAACGAACCUCAGUCAGAAUUGAGGCUUCACGAGCUUAGGGCGGAGAAAUACAACGGACUCGUCCGAUUGCUGAAACCUGGGUGCCGCACCAUUGUGCUUCUCGUGGACAUGCAGAGCAGAGUGCAGCUGCUGUCCAAGUUUCACAAGAUCGUGUGGCCAUACCGCAAAAACAAAACCCUCCUCUUCGCGUAUCUCCAAGUAGAAAGAAACAUCGAGUGGUUCCGUCGCGUGCUGCAGCUGUCUCUAGGAGGGCAGGAGCUGCGAGUCAACGCCAGGAACUGCGUGGGCACAGUGCUGGCACUGAACCCGCACCGCAACUACUUCUGCAUAUACCACGCCAAGCAUCCCGAGGGCGCCAAGCCGCACAAGAGGAUGUCUCGAAUGACGCGGUCGCUCGGCGCGUCAGCGGACCCGGAGGCGGGCGCCUUCAUCGGCUUCACCGAGCGCGACUCCAGCUCCGACGAGGCGCCGCCGUCGCCGCUGCUGGAAGAAAACUUACUAGACGGACUGGAGAACUGGCUCGACCGACUGUUCGAAGGCAGCACCCACCGCUACUACAUCAACUACUGGCCUGAUAUGACCUCCAAGUGAAGUCCAUCUGAACGUAGCUCUUCAAAAACCAGGCACCUAAGGGAUCCAGUGCUAAAUUUGAACGAGAUAUUUAAGUAAAAUAACUUUUUUUUAAUUGGGUGACCACAUAAAUAGGCCAAUAUUAUUAAAUUUUGUGAAAAAGUUAAUGAGAUGAAAAAUCAGAUACAAUAAAAAAAAUUGUCACAAAACACUGCUAGCCCAACAUGACAUCCAAAAGAAUCUGUGCAAGUAACAGACAUCCAAGGGCAACAGCUAUGCUUGAACGCAGAUAUUUAAGUAAACUCAGUAAAGAAACUUUAUUUUAAAUGGGGUUGAUAACUGCCAAAGGUUUUUAAAUAUGGCGCCAGCAUAGACUAAAAAACAAGAAUUUGACACUAUUCGUAGGAUUGACAGGUAAAACCUAUGCUGGCGGCAUCUGUAAAAUACUUCAACCAGCCACCCCAUUGAGUGACCAGACCACACCAAUAUGUCAGUAUUUUUACAUUGUGUGUACAUUUUUUGCCUUUUCCUAAAUUCAUAAAAUGAAAAUGUCACCAAUACUUGAAAGCUACACGUUUAUAUGUAGCACUUUUUGGAUGGAACUGUCUUAGAAUAGAAUUCAAACAUGAAAUCAGCUUCAUGGAACUAUGGGAACCUAUGAAAAGUGUCUUUUCAAAAGGGCUUAAAUGAGCCCAUUGAAGAAACACUCCUACAUUUAUCUGUAUUAAUGUGAAUAUUACUGACUGCCGUGUUUAAGCUUAGCGAAGGCCAAAGUUACACUGAGAAUGCUCGUUUGCCUUACGUGUAAUCAUCUGAAUAGGCUUGUAGAAACAUGUGUACUACGCUUUAGGGGGUGUUUAAUAAAAAUGUUGGUUUAUGGCUUAGAUUUAAAACAUGAAUAGUUUACAAUUUAGCAACAAUUGUAUAAUACGAACAUAUUUAAAAGGCCGUAGGCAACGUUUUCGGUGUAACUUUUCCCUUUGCUAUAAAAUGGUCGUUAAGACCCUUCCACACUAUCAAAUCGGAGUGUGAAGGCCAUUACGUUAGUUCCCUGAUAAAAUCGAAUCUGACGUUUGGGAGCAGUUUAUGUAAAGAGGGCUUUCUGGAAUGAUAUUUAAAAUAAUCUAGUAUUAUCGAACGUUUUAUAGGCGGAUUAUAGCGUGCUAUAGAAUAUUGUUCACGAAGACUAAAUGACUCACUGGAAGUUAGAAUGGCAAAUAAUAGUAUUAAGUCAAGUAAGAUGGCUGCCAUUUACGCUAAGUAUUCUCAUUUAAAUUAAUUAAUAACACGGUUUUAAGGAGCGUUGUACUACAAGUCUAAAUAUAGGCACACUAUUCGUAACAAUUAACAGAUAAAUUGUUGCAAGCAUUUGAACCUUAACCUUUCAUAAGUUGUCAAAAAACGUGGAUUCUUACCUUAGUUGUGCUGUAUAGUUUGUAGCCACCCAGAGACCCAUAAAAAAAGUCUCCUAUUCCAUUCUAUCUUGAAUAUUUAUUUUGAAAAAUCAAAAUUGCAUUUGUCUUGUCAAGUUUUGAUUAUUGGGUGGUUUAAGGAUAAAGCAGAAAAAAUCGUUCUCUAAUAAAAUGCAAAAAGAUGGCUAAUCAUUUGGUCAGGAUCCUUAUCAUACACAGACAGGGGGUUACGCAUAUGCUCGUCGUGUUAAACAAUGAACUUCACAACUAUAAAGGUCGUUUAAUACUUAUGUGAUGGGAUGCUUUUACAAUUUGGUGCCGUGACCAGGAUUAUAAUUAUUCAGUAAGUAUUAAUACAAUAAGGUUUACAAUAAGUCAGAUGCAUGUUCUGUAGUAUGUUUUUUUUUGUAAUUGUCACUUUUUUUCGCUGAAUAAGAUUUUGAAAUAUUACUUACGUUUUCUGUUAUAUUAUUAUUUAUUACAUCGUUGACAAGA